CAAGAGAUUGAUACCAUGUAUAUAAGUGGAAGUCAAGAUUCAUACAUCAGUUCAUUGGUAGUCAAAAUGACAAAAAUUGUCCCACAUAUUUCCGAUUGUGAUUUCACUGUAGAAAUAAAUGAUGCUCAUGUUAUUGUUCAAGACAAAGAUGGAAAUAGUGAUCCUUGGAUAAUGUCAGCAAUUUUUUUCGCGAAAAACCGUGUUGAUAUCAGUGCGAAAAUCACAAAUUGUGUCGACAUAAAAAAUCCGAAUGGUGAUUCAACUAUUGUGAACAUACUUUUCUAUUCAACUUUAGAUCUCUGUAAAGAAAAACUUCGUAGAAUAAGUUCUGGACCAUUGAUAUUGGAAAAUUCAAGAAGAAAGGGAAAUCGAAGUGGCCAUGAUACUCCCAUAGCAAGUACAUCACAACAAUCCAGAAAUUGUGACAGUUAUCCUCUCGAUUCUAACGAAGUUACAUCAAAUUUGAAUAUCUUGAAAAGAUGUGUUGAUAACCUUGCUAACAAAAUCGACACACUGAUGAAGAAUUUGAUUGAAAGAUUAAAUCAUAUUGAUGACAAACUCGAUAGUAACUCAUUCAGCUCAAGCAUAAGGGACCCAUCACUUAAUAUCACUGAUCAUGCUAUGUCUGAGAUAGCAGCAUGUAGAAAUGAUUCCAAGUGGCGGCGUCGGGUCAAGGCCAUGGUAUGGCCGCAACUGGAUGAUAUUCAGAAUGAAGCGUGCCGAAAAGAGCUAUUGAAAGGCAAUAAAUCGGCGUCAAAAACAGUUAUAUCACUUGCAAGAAUCAUUUAUGGUGAUAAACUUAAAACCCAUUUACUUGGUGAAAAGGGAAGGUUGAUCAGAGCACCAAGAGAAGGUGAAAGAAGCGAAGUAAUAUCAGCGGAAGAUGAAGAAAUCUUAAGAGAAAUAUUAUCUCUAUUUGGAAAUGAUCUUUUCAAUGACCCAACAAAUUGGGAAGUUCUUGUUAGAGGUCCAGUCAAUCAAUGUGGUAGGGAAAGUAAACGAAACAGUAAUAAAGUUAACUCUAAUUCAAAGCGUGACUUACUAGAAGCUAAUGUAACACAAUUGGAAAGCUCAACACAGAUGGUUACUGAACCUGCAAAGAAGAAACAGAAAUUGGAUAGUGAGGUAAACGAUGAGGAAUUCGAAGAUCAAUUGACUGAAUAAUAAAUCUUGUUAACCCAUGUUAAUUCCAUGCCAAUGCCAUGUUAAAAAUCUAAGAAAUAAUUAUUUAAAUUAACUUAACCAUUUGUAAUUUUAUAAGGAUUGUAAUUUUUCAAUGGUCCCUCAAAACAAGAGGUUUUCUCUUUAACGCAUUUAAAGCUUAAUGUUGUAGUUUAUUUGUUACAAAUACAGUAUUUUUUUCAUCAAUUAUUUUGUAUUUAUUUUGAUUCAAUACAUCAAGUUUUAUUAAUAAUGGAACCUGAAUGUUCUAAUUUCCUGAGUGAAGAAGCAGAUCGCCAAGACACGCUUGAAGAAGCUGUCAAGGAUCUAACUCAAAGAGUCAAUCUUUUGGAAAUGAUUAUCCAGCAACAGAAUCUUCGACUAGUUAACUUGGAAGCUGCUAGUCAAGGACACGCCAUGGCCAUGAUUAACCCAGAAUAUCCAGUUGAAUGGUCGUUAAAAUCACCAAAUGAUUACAUUCGUUACGCAGAGAAGAAAAUACACAAUUUACAGCGCGAUAAUGAGUGGCGUAUGAAUUUUCUCUCAAUUCAAUUCGAUGGAUUGACAAAUAGCUCUAAAGAAAUAAUUUUGAACGCGAUAAACAAAACAAGGAUUUCUGUUUCAAGCAUUGUCAACGUUAUAGCAAAAGAAAUAUUAGGAGUUAGUCAAAUUACAGAAUUUACUGUGGGCUGCCAUGGAAUGCCUGUGGCCACAGGUACACCUCAAUCUCAUUCACGCAUUCCACUAGAUGAAAAGGAAGAAAAUAAGCUACGUGCGAUCUUAGGAUUUAUCGACAAAAUAUUUGUCUCGAAAAAAGGAUGGGAGUAUUUGGUAAGACGACCAGUGAAUCAGAUGGGUCGUGAAUUCAAGUCUGGUAAGCGUUCACAAAUUCAACCAAAUAUAUCAUCAUAUUUUCAGCAAAAGUCAACAAGUCUUCCAAGCUUGAAUUCACCAAGACCCACCAUGGCCAUACAUGCUCAAAGUUCAACAACUGAGGAUAACUCAAGCGAGAAUUUUUCAUCUAGCGACGCUCUCGUGACUUCAAUUACGCCAUCAUUGCCAAAUAUCAACAGAGUUCAAAGAAAUGCACCCUACCCAACCAGUACACUAGACUCCUUUUUAGGCCUUACUCCGAGACGACAAACAGCAGAAGCUGCGGAAAGGGAAAAACGAAUAUUGGGUU